GGCUGGUGUAGCUAGUUUUCGUAUCUAUGGAGUAAACACUUCUGUAGAGUAAAUACAGUAAGUCCCACAAGGAAGGUCAGGAUGGUCCAAAAAAUACUCAAUAAAUUCGUGGGUGCCAAGUACGUCACGAUAUUGCGGACGUGGGUACCAAAUAUGGUGGCGUGGGGUACGGUGGGCGGCGUGGCCCUGGUUCACCUCACAGACUGGCGGGUCGUCCUCGACUACGUGCCAUACAUUAAGGGCAAGUUCCGUAAGGAUGACUGAAGACUUUUUCGAUUUAUUUCUCAUACAUAAGAAGACCACAGUAAGGGAGAAGUGCUUUCAAGAGUGCCAGGAACCUUUGGGAAAGGCUCUGUAGUGCUGAACAUAUUUGAUUGGAACUUGUUAAUUCCGGGAACUAUAUGUACCAAGAAGUAAAUGUUCCUGGAACUGUGGGAGGAAAUUAUGACUAAAGUGUCAAAUGUGUUUGAUGUGGAUCUAACCAUUUAAAAAAUAAAAUAAAAUUAGAAACGGUUGGUCAUAGAUUUACCACAAUGUGUCCCGGUGGAAAUCUUCUACAUUACGUAAUGCAUUCCACGGUUGCACGGCAUACCAGAACCGUGAUAGGUAUACGAUGUAAGAGUUUUGGUAUCAUGGCAACACUAUUCCAAUACAUCCAAUAGGUUAUAUGAAAGCAGUUAUGCCCCUUUAAAAAUAAUAAUAAAACAAAUAAAAAAAAGACCAUUAUGGAGAAAUUCACAACACCACACUGUGGAGGGACAGCAUGUCAUUCUACUGAAACAAAAAGGUCAUUACAGAUGCUAUCUCCACAGAGUGUAAUAUCGUCUUGAAUACGCUGCAGGAAACUAAUUUCUGACGUGAUAAUUCUUCAUGCUAGAUGUCUGUAGCUGCUGCUGGUUUGGUUAGCAACAGAGUUCAAAUGGGCUCAGUGAUUAACUCUUUAAUGUCCAUGUCUGAACAUUAGUGAUAAACAGUCUCUACCCAUUUAUUGUCCUGAUGGUGGUUCUUUUUUUUUUUUUUUUUUAAAUUCAAAACAGUUCCCAGGUGUCUCAAUAAAAGUUAUCGUACAUUCUUUAAAAAAUAUAGAUAAAAGAAAAAAAAAAUACCGAUUAUUAGUAGUUAAAGAGGCCAAUAACCAAUGAUUGGAGCCGAGAUACGUUUUGCGGUAAAAAGGAAAAUAUUGGCGUCAAAAUUUCUAUUAAUAAAAACUCCAACACUGUAUUUUAAUGCCUUUAAGGACAUUUAUUAAACAGGUUUUCAAAUUUGCAACUUUUUUUUCUGUUUUAAAAUUCUAACAAAAAAGUGUAGGGAGCUCCCAGGCUCAGCAGCAUGUCUUACAAAGUUAAAUGAAAACUUGAACACAUAAAUGGCUCCCUAAAGUUUUCUAUAGUCAAUAGUUUUUCAAAAUUUCAAUAUAAUAAUAAUAAUAAUCAUCCUGUUUAAAGUUCAAAAACAAAAAGUGCAGUGUCUUCCUAGGGUCAGCAGCAUCUCUUAUAAAUUUAACUGCAAAUGUAAAUAAAUAGUUCCCUAAGGUUUUAUAAAGUAAAUAAAACAAGUUGUCACGUCCACCACUGGAGUGGGACCCCUUUCCACCUGUCGAUGACUGAGGUACAGAUGUACUGUAGCUCAUCGUCAAGGCACCUACUGGCCAGCAGGUCACCAGUGUGAUGUGCCAGCAGAGAGCCCAACGUCUCAUCAACACGGCUGCGCAAGGAUCGCGUUCUCUCCGUUGCCUGUUGGGGGUGUUCCUGCCAUUCUCGUGUGUUCAUACUGUAUGCAGCUGCCUGCUCCUCCUGUGCCAGCGGAAAUAAUUAAACAGCCAUUAUUUCCCUACA